CCCGCCCAUCCCUGCCCUGGGCGGGUCCUGGCAUCCCCGACGCGGCGGCGGCCAGCCCCGGGACGGCCCCGGGGAGGAUGGGGACGGCCCGCGGGCCUCCGCCGAGAGCGCCCUUGGCGGCGAGGGCGGCGCAGACGCCCGGCGCGAUGGGCGAGGGCCCGGGGCGCCGCUAACGGGCCGCGUCGCGGGGGCCCCCGGGCCAUGAGCCGCGCCCGGGCCGCCGUCCGAGAGCGGAGCGCGCGGCCAUGGCGCGGGAGGAGUGCGAGGCGCUGCUGGACGCGCUCAACAGGACGACCGCGUGCCACCACCUGCUGGCGCUGACCGUCGGCGGCUCGGCGGACUCGCAGGCCCUGCGGCAGGAGCUGCGGAGGACGCGCCGCGAGGCGCAGGAGCUGGCGGCGGCCGCCCGCGCCCGGCUGGCCGCCCCGCUGCGCGACCGGGGCCUGGGCGGCGAGGAGCGCGCCGAGUUCGAGCGCCUGUGGGCGGCCUUCUCCGGCUGCCUGGACCUGCUGGAGGCCGACAUGCGGCGCGCGCUGGCGCUGGGCUCGGCCUUCCCGCUGCAGGCGCCGCGGCGGCCGCUGGUGCGCACGGGCGUGGCGGGGGGCCCGGGGGGCCCGGGGGGCUCGGCCCGCAGCCUGCGGCACCUGGCGGAGCGCGACGGCGACGGCGACCGGGACGGCGACCGGGACGGGGACGACCUGCGCGAGCUGGAGCGGGAGGUCCUCCAGGUGAGCGACAUGAUCCACGACAUGGAGAUGAAGGUCAACGUGCCCCGCUGGACCGUGCAGGCCCGGCAGACGGCGGGCGCCGAGCUCCUGUCCGCCGCCGCCUCCGUGGGCCCCGCGUCGGUGCAGGAGCGCUCGGGGCCCUGCGACCCCAGCAAGGCCCUGGCCGCCGCCGUCUUCAGCGCCGUGCUGCUGGCGGCCGUGGCCCUGGCCGUCUGCGUGGCCAAGCUGAGCUGACGGACACACGGACGCACGAGCCCUGCGCCUCUCCCCUCCCUCCCUCCGUCCCUCCCCGGAGACACCCCUCGGGAACGACGGCCGUGCCUGGACUCGGGACGGGGACCGGAGCGGGAUGCGGCACGUGUAAGGGAGCGGCCCUCAACCCCUGAGUGUGCACACCCGCGGGCACACACCCGCGGGCACACCCGCGGGCACACCUGCGGGCACACCUGCGCGUCCCAAGCACACGCCCCUCUGCCCCGGGCGGGCGGAACACGGAUUCCUCUUGCUGGCCCGGGAGGAGUUAAUUUUGCGCGGGCCGCCCGGGCAUCACCGCUAUUGCAGUGCAGCAGCUUUAUCCUCUUAUGAGUAGAAAACCGUCCACAGUGACCCCAGAUUUCUCUGAGUUAAUGGGUUGCCACGUGUGCUGCCAGGGGCGCGUGUAGGGAGUGUGACGUGGGUGGUCUCCACCCCACUGGCGAUCCCCCCCCUCCAAACUCGCGUGGGCCGGUUUGAAAGGGGGGGCCGAGGUGGAAUGAAGUG